ACCAGAAUCAUUACACAGUUUAAAUAAACGCUAUUCCAAAUGAGGUUUAUAGCUUCCAAAUGAGGUUUAUAGCUUUAAUUAGCCAACUAGCUAGCUACGUAACGUUAGCUCCGAGCAUUGACAGGUCGGCAGGCAAGCGAAGCCUUGCGUGCUGUGUCCACUGCACUGCCCUUUUCACACCAUUCAGUGAGACAGGACGGAUAGCAGUGAAAGAGAAAGAAAGACAAGAGGAAAGCAAGGCGAUGACAACACUACAAGACACGGAAGAUGCCAGUGAAACAGAUCUUGCCAAGCACGACGAGGAUGACUAUGUUGAAAUCAAAGAGCAAAUGUACCAAGACAAACUGGCCUCUCUGAAAAGACAGUUGCAGCAAUUACAAGAAGGAACACUGCAGGAGUAUCAGAAGAGGAUGAAGAAGCUGGACCAGCAGUACAAAGAGAGACUCCGAAACGCAGAUCUGUUUCUCCAGCUUGAGACAGAGCAGGUGGAGAGGAACUACAUCAAGGAGAAGAAGGCCGCAGUGAAGGAGUUUGACGAUAAAAAGGUUGAACUGAAGGAAAACCUAAUUGCAGAGUUGGAGGAGAAGAAGAAGAUGAUCGAGAAUGAAAAAUUAACAAUGGAGCUGACCGGCGAUUCAAUGGAGGUGAAACCUAUCAUGACUCGGAAGCUGAGGAGACGGCCCAAUGAUCCAGUCCCAAUACCAGAUAAACGGAGAAAACCUGCGCCAGCUCAGCUAAAUUAUUUGUUAACAGAUGAACAGAUAAUGGAAGAUCUAAGAACACUUAAUAAGCUCAAGUCACCAAAACGACCGGUGUCUCCCUCGUCUCCAGAGCACAUCCCCUCCACUCCCAUUGAGAACCCCUCCCAGCGUUACGAGGCCCGCAUCGAGGAGGGGAAACUUUACUACGACAAAAGAUGGUACCACAAGAGCCAGGCCAUCUACCUGGAGUCAAAGGACAACACAAAGAUUAGCUGUGUCAUCAGCUCAGUUGGGACCAAUGAGAUUUGGGUGAGGAAGACGAGCGACAGUACAAAGAUGAGGAUCUACCUGGGACAACUGCAGAGGGGAGCGUUUGUUAUCCGUCGACGGUCGGCUGCGUAAAACAUACCCCACCCGUCCCCUCCCCACCCAACCCCCAGCUGUUCAUUUACGCAUUCGUCCACCAGCUCGUUCAUUCUCUGUUUCUCUAUUUAGUGCAUCUCAGUUGAGUUAUCAUAUACACACAGUCUUCCGUGGCCAAAAAAAACUCCUCAGAACUGAUCUGUUUGAUCAGGUACAGUAAAAGAGGUCCUAUAAGCGACUGACUGUUUUCCAGCAUUAUUUGUCACUAUGUGAUAUGUGUGUGUGAUGGUAGUUUGUGAUCAUAAAGGAGCCUGCUUUUGAUUUUUGUCUCGUGAUGUAAACACAAAUUAUUUCUACACGAUGCAGGGUUAUUUACAUUUAUCAUUAAGUUAUUUUUCCUCAACACCAUCAUGUUGCCCCACAGAAACUGUCUUCAAGUGUUUGUAACUGUCUCAUUGGGGACAUGUAACAAAGCAAAAACUUAAAUACAGAUGAGGAAUUGCUUUAGGUUUGGCUGAUUAUCAUGAAUCCCAUGAGUGCAGAAGUUACCGUAUCGUUGUACAAGGAGUCGUGCCAUUUUGAAAAGAACUUGCCUUUUGUACUCAUCAAGUAAUUGCUGCUUGCUGUGCUGAAGGUUUGUCCUAAUAACAUGUUCAAAAGUCCUAUCUAUUAAACCCUAAGUUUCUUAUAUGAAAAAAAAAAAAGUAUUUUAAGGUUUUA